AUGGAGACCAGAAUCGUCAUUUUGAGCGGUGGAACGGCCACAAAUGAUCUAGUCAACACCUUCAACGCGCUCUCGACGCAGAUAAACUACGUCUUGCCCAUUUCCGACAACGGAGGCUCGACGUCGGAGAUCAUCAGAGUCAUCGGCGGGCCAGCAAUAGGUGAUAUCCGUUCUAGACUCACACGACUCAUUCCCGAACACCAGCUGGGCUUAAAAGAUCUUCUCUCGUUCCGUCUCGACGCAGAUCCGAAAAUCGCACGGCUUCAAUGGAACGAGAUUGUCGAAGGGACCCAUCAGUUGUGGUCCAACAUCCCGCUCUCUACAAAGGAGAUAGUGCGGUCGUUUUUGGUGCAUGUCCAUGUAGAAUUGUUGAAACGGACUCGUAUUUCUGUAGCUGCAUCGAUUAACAAAAGUUUCCGCUUCGAGUUGGCCAACGUCGGGAACCUCUUCUUGACCGCUGUGCGGCUCUUCAUUGGGUCCUUGGACUCGGCCAUCGAACUCUUUACCAAGGUGACCGACAUCGACCACAAAAUCGGCGUUUUGCCGUGUAUAAACACCAACUUCACAUACCACAUCGGCGCGCUUUUGACCAAUGGCGCCAUCAUCACGGGCCAGUCGCAGAUCUCCCAUCCCUCCUCUGUGAGCGACAUAUAUCCGCCUCCAAUCCAUGAGACUCAUCCACUGACACCCACGGAUGUGCUUUCUGUCAACUCGGGAAUCAUCCUGACGCAUCCGGUGUCGGAGGAAUGGAUCGAAAGCGAUCUCGACAUGUCACUAUCGUCUGAAGAGGAAGGCAAUGUUCCUCUGUACACGCAUCCAGAGCUUAAGAAGUCACAAUUGCACUUCACCAAAGAUGAGAAAAUCGAGCCUCUCAAUUCGCCGAUCUCUAGAGUGUUCUAUAUCUCUCCCUACGGCGAGGAGAUCUGUCCUUCGGCGCAGACGAGAGUCACUACGGCUAUUGCGAAUGCUGAUGUCGUUAUUUAUUCUAUUGGUUCGUUGAUGACAAGCAUUGUGCCAAUCAUCAUUCUUAAGGGUGUUGGCCGUGCCAUUGCGCAUCAACAUGUGGGUUCCAAGAAGCUGAUUUUGUUCUUGAACGGGUGCGAGGAUCGGGAAACGCACGGCUUGGUCGCGUAUGACUAUAUCCGGAUUAUUUGCGAGCUGGCACAAUACUCGUUGGCAAAAUCAGGCCACAAGAGAAUUAAGGAGUGGAACAGAUUUGUGACGCAUUUGUUCUACAUGGAAGAUCCCAGGAUCGAGGUGGACGUGCACAAGAUCCUGAGCUUGGGGAUUGAGUGCGUUCGGAUCAAACGCCAAGCAACGAAUGUGGACCGUUUCGAUGCGCAAGAUCUCCAGGAACAUCUCAGAAACGUAGCAUGUGUGUAG